AUGCCAGAUGAGUCCGCCAGCUCUCCCUCCGCAUCGAGCCCAAUCACGAGCAAGGGCUCCUCCCGCUCCCGCGUCUAUACCGUCUCUGCCGCCGGCGUGAGCGUCGACGAGCCCACCAUCAAGACAAACGUUGGCGCGCUGCCGUGCCUCUUCCUCUCCGCCAUCCUCGCCGCGGCGGCGGUCAUCGCGGUCAUAGCCGCCACGGCGCUCACCACAGCGGCGUCCGCGCUGCAGCCGCGCGACCCGAGGGCGGCGGACAGGGCGGCUGCAGCCCUCGCCGCGAGCUCGAGCGACGAGCCGGGCGACGGCGCUCGAGUGGUCCGCUUCUCGCGGCGAGGGGCGCCGCUGACGUGGGCGGCUGCGAUCGACGCGCUCGAGAGCGGCGAGCUCGGUCCGCUCAUCGACGAGUCGCUGCGAGCUUCGCCGCACGCGCCCGCCCUCUUUUGGGAGACGGCGCCUCUCUCAAAGGAGAGCCGAGGCGCGCUGUUUGAGAUGGCGACGCUGCGCGCGCCGAGGCUCGCGGGCGCGCGCGCGGACCCGUCCGCCUUUGCCGUGCAGCUCUCCGCCGCCGCCCCCUGCCUCGCCACCUCCUUCCCCAACCUCGGCGGCGACGCGACCCUCGUCGUGCCUUGCCCGCCCGCGGCAAAGGGGCAGCCGCAGCAGCUUGACGCGUACGCUCACCUCGGCGCCUUUGCGGAGGGCGCGCCGGCGGCGACGCGCGACGCGCUCUGGCGCGCCGUCGGCAAGGCGGCCCGCGAGGCGGCGGCAAAGAGCGAGCCGACGUGGAUCUCAACCGAGGGGACAGGUGUGCCGUGGCUGCACGUCCGGUUCGACCGGAGGCCAAAGUACUUUCACCACGAGCCGUUCCGCCGGAGGCCGCCGAAGCCCGACGCGCCCCGCCGCCGCAUGGCGGGCAUCUGA